UCCCAGCUACACACCUUGAAAAAUGUCAGCUACUGUGAAUAUGACUGGAGGUACAGAAGAGGACAGGAGAUCUGCUGUGCACUUCCUUUUCUGGAAGGAAUUGGGAAUCUCUUCCCCGGAGAACUGGGAAGCGAGAGGACUGCUCCCCAGGGCGUGAGCACUUCAGAGCAACAAGGAUGCAAAGGACAGCAAGUCCUUAGGGAUUCACUGCCACUUUUCCACUCUGACUAAUUCCCUUAGAGGGCAAAGGAAGCUGUCAGAGGUCCUCUGAUUUAUGGCUGUUCAAUGUUUGACCCUCCUUCUGCUGAAGCUGCCACAGCAGCAGCCCUAAGGACAAUAGCUGGGGAGAGAGCUACAGAGAAAGGUCCCUGGGAAAGGGGUUCACCCUUCUUCCUCCCCCUCAUCUCCUCUGGGAGGUCUGUAUGCUGCUUCUGUUUCACAGCAGGUAGAUGUAGCUGCCGCCCAGCACAGACACAACUCAAAGAGCAAAUGCAGACCUGUUUUUUACACCUUCCAUGCUUAGAUUUGGUAACAAAGACGCUCUGCCAUUCAAGCAUUCAGGGGGGUUAAAGUGGGGGGAAAGAAGGGUGAGGAGAGCUGUGCUGUAUUGUCUCUGCACUGCACUGCCUCUUUAAAAUUAGAAAUGCACGGACAGCUUCAAGGUGCCUCCCACUGAGAAAAGGCUUUAGAUGCAUACACAGAGGCAGCAGAGCUAUCCUCCCCCUGAGCUACAGGGCAGACCUGCUUGGGAGAGAAAUGAUCAUUCAGCGAAGUCCUUUGGCUGCUUCUGUAGUAAUCCCUUCUCCGCUCCAGUGGCAGCAGCAUAUUUGCAAGGGAGGAACCAGGAGGCUAUACCCAGAGUGCCAGACACCUCGAAGAGGAUGAGAGCAACUGCAGACAGAGAUAAAUGAUGCUGUUGCUCUAUAGUCUCUUGGGGACAAAGACAAGGUGACUCACUGCUCACAAGAAAACUUUGGAUGAGGUCCCUUGCCUGCCACUGUUGUGCCCUGACACCCUGGGUAUUUCUAACCCCAAACCAAGGGCCAGACAAGCCACGUGUCAGAAGAAGACAGACAUGGCCAUGGAGCAAGAUGAACAUAAUCCAAAUGCUACCAUUAACUUCGCUGCGAUCUACAAUCUCCACGAUGGGGACUUAACCUCCUUGAGAAAUUUCUCCUUCCCUUUCAAUUUCAGUUACAGCGAUUACGACCUGCCACUGGACAGCGAAGACGACAUGACCAAGACACGCACCUUCUUUGCAGCCAAGAUUGUGAUCGGGGUGGCUCUUGUUGGCAUCAUGCUGGUCUGUGGCAUUGGCAACUUCAUCUUCAUCGCGGCCCUUGCCCGCUACAAGAAGCUGAGAAACCUCACCAACCUGCUGAUUGCCAACCUGGCCAUCUCCGACUUUAUUGUUGCCAUCGUGUGCUGCCCCUUUGAGAUGGACUACUACGUGGUACGGCAGCUGUCCUGGGAGCAUGGCCACGUCCUCUGUGCUUCAGUCAACUACCUACGCACCGUCUCCCUCUACGUUUCUACCAAUGCUCUCCUGGCUAUAGCUGUUGACAGGUAUCUGGCCAUUGUUCACCCACUGAAACCACGCAUGAAUUACCAAACAGCAACCAUCCUGAUUGCCUUGGUCUGGAUCGUCUCCAUACUUGUAGCUAUCCCGUCUGCAUACUUUGCUACUGAAACUGUAUUAUUUAUAGUAAAAAAUCAGGAAAAAAUUUUCUGUGGUCAAAUUUGGCCAGUUGACCAGCAGAUAUACUACAAAUCCUACUUCCUCUUCAUCUUUGGCAUCGAAUUUGUUACACCUGUGAUUACAAUGACCUUAUGUUAUGCCAGGAUCUCUCGAGAGCUUUGGUUUAAAACUGUACCAGGAUUUCAGACAGAACAGAUCAGAAAGAGGCUUCGAUGCAGAAGAAAAACUGUAAUGGUACUGAUGUGCAUCCUGACUGCCUAUGUUCUCUGCUGGGCCCCCUUCUAUGGCUUCACCAUUGUCCGUGACUUUUUCCCCACAAUCUUUGUGAAAGAGAAGCAUUACCUUACCGCUUUUUACAUAGUUGAAUGCAUUGCCAUGAGUAACAGCAUGAUAAACACAAUGUGUUUUGUAACUGUAAAAAAUAAUACCAUGAAGUACUUCAAGAAAAUCAUGUUGCUCAGAUGGAGAUCAACGUACAAUGGAAGUAAAUCUAGCACAGAUUUCGACCUCAGAACAAGUGCAAUGCCAGUCACAGAAGAGGUAGACUGCAUAAAACUGAAAUAAGUUUUAGGCAGUUUCUAAUCUCAUAUAUUUUGAAGGGGGGCAGGAAAAAGGAAAAAGGAAGCUCCUCUCUCUUCUGUAGAAAUACCCACCACUGGUGAGAGGCCUGAAGAAGCAACUCACUGGGGGUUUCCACCAGAACCCUUCUACUGGACUGCUGUAUAAUCCCACAAUUCAGACUGAUGCCAUGCGUCAGUUUACCCUUCUGUAAAUUUGGGAUGUAGGCACUCGUUUUAGAGCUGUUUAAAACUUAAGGAGAACAGAAAAGUCUGUGAAUGCAUUAAAACAUAUUACAAAGACAGAAGAGUUGACUGCCGCUCCUAGCCAUGAUGUCUCUUCAUUUCUUCCUAAUAGAAACCUUUCACUCUCGUGAGCUUAUCAUUCUACCCUUAAGCUGGUCGGUGUCCUUUUCCUUCUGCUCAGUGACGCACAAGAUAGGGAGGAUGGCAAAGAAAAUCAAUUUUGCUUCACGUCCCUCUUUACCCUCUCAGUUUACCUCUCAUGAAGAAGCUCCUCACAGUCUGCAGACCACCAGCUUUCUAUUGUCCAAUGCGUAGCAUGCUCUUACAAAAGGCACACUCCCUACAAAGCUAAAUACUGCUUCGCAGUCUAGCAAAAACCUCAAGCCUCUUCAUGUGAUACCCGGUUUAAGAAUCUGUUAUCAGCAUUCCGCCCUGUAGUUUUCUGUAGAGUGUUACUCUGUUUGUUACGUAUUUGAAACGGAACAGCUACGGAUUGUAACAGGGACUGGUUCCCUUCUCUCACCUCCAGGCACCUUACGGCCAGCUUCUGCUGCCACGAGUCACUGAGCACCUCAUGGAAUCACAGACUCAAUCGUAGAGGUGGUGAACAACACCUCCAGAUUGCCUAGGCCGCCCCCUGCUCCAGCAGGGUUAGUCAGAGCAGGUUGCCUGGGAUUGUGUCCCGUAGAGCUUUAACUGACUCCAAGGACGGAGACUCCACAGCCCCGCUGGGCGACUGCUGCCAGUGUUCAACAGCCCUCACAGUGAAAGGGUUUUCUUAUGCUCAGAUGGAAUUUCAGGUGUUUCAGUUCGUGCUCAUGGGACUUGUCCUGCUUUUCAGUGGGACACACAUAAAAGAAGAGCAGGUUGGUGGGAAAAAUCCACACCUAGAGAUCUCACCAGGUCUGUGCACACCUUCAAAAUAAAGUACAAGUAGAGCCAAAAUAAUACAAAGAUCUGGAGAUGAUCUGUACUGCAAGCAAUGGAGACAGACUCUAGGUUUCAGCAAGCUGGUCACUGCUUGAGUUGAGUAGCAAAUUGUCUGGUCAAAUGUGAGGCAACAACGCAAGGCAAGUUCUGCAUUGCCUCCCACAACGCCAUUUUUACUAUUCUCAUUUUGUGCAGCUCCAGGAUGAGUGUUUCUUAACUGGUAAUUGUGAUAAAACCGGUGACAGCAGCAGUAAGACAUACUCAUUUGAAUGACACACAAAAUAUCAUGGACUUUUGUGUAUUGAAAUCAAGUCUUUUCUAUUGUGAUGACAAAUGCUUACUGUUUUAAAGCAUGUGGCAUCACCUACUUUUGGAGUAAAUGGCUUUUGUAAAUAAUUUGUCUACUUGUGAAUAUUAAGUGAGCAGCAAACCCUGAUAAUAAAACAGUAAACACAC